AGAAACGAAACUCAACUCUGUCUCUGUCAGCGUGAGCAGUAAAAUGGCUGAAGGUGGAGGCUUACUGGAUCAGGACCAGUUCAGCUGUCCGAUUUGUCUGGAUCUACUGAAGGAUCCGGUGGCUAUUCCCUGUGGACACAGUUACUGUAUGGGCUGUAUUAAGGGCUGCUGGGAUCAGGAUGAUCAUGCUGGUGUCUACAGCUGUCCCCAGUGCAGAGAGACUUUCACCCCAAGGCCUGUUUUGAGAAAAAACACCAUGCUGUCUGAAGUGGUGGAGAAACUGAAGAAAACAGGACUCCAAACUGUUCCUCCUGCUCACUGUUACGCUGGACCUGGAGACGUGGCGUGUGAUGUCUGCACUGGGAGAAAGCGCAAAGCUGUCAAGUCCUGUCUGGUGUGUCUGGCCUCUUACUGCGAAACUCACCUCCAGCCUCACUAUGAAUCUCCUGCCUUUAAGAAGCACAAACUGGUCAAAGCCACUGCAAAGCUGCAGGAGAAGAUCUGCUCUCAUCAUGACAAACUGCUGGAGGUUUACUGUCGUACCGAUCAGCAGUGUAUCUGUUAUCAGUGUGUGAUGGAUGAACACAAAGGCCAUGAUACAGUCUCAGCUGCAGCAGAAAGGACUGAGAAACAGAAGCAGCUGGGGGCGACACGGAAUAAUUUCCAGCAGAAAAUCCAGGAGAGAGAGAAGGAGCUGCAGGAUCUGAGACAGGCUGUGCAGUCACUCAAGCGCUCUGCGCAGGCAGCAGUGGAGGACAGCGAGAGGAUCUUUACUGAGCUGAUCCGCUCCAUUGAGAGAAGGCGCUCUGAGGUGAAAGAGCUGAUCAGAGAUCAGGAGAAGGCUGCAGUGAGUCGGACUGAAGCACUCCUGGAGCGACUGGAGCAGGAGAUUGCUGAGCUGAGGAGGAGAGACGCUGAGCUGGAGCAGCUUUCACACACAGAGGAUCACAUCCAUUUCCUCCAGAGCUGUCAGUCUCUCUCUGUCCCUCCUGGACCUGAAGACUUGCCCAGCAUCACUGUCAGUCCACACAUCUCUUUUGAGGCUGUGAGAAAAUUUGUCUCUGAACUAAAAGAGCAACUGGAGGAUUUCUGCAAGGUGGAACUGGUCAAAACUUCUGAAUCAGUGAAAGAAGCCCAUGCUGUAGAGCCCAGGACCAGAGAGGAUUUCUUAAAGUAUUCCUGUCAGCUCACACUGGACCCCAACACAGCGCAUAAAUGCCUCCAUCUGUCUGAGGGGAACAGAAAGGUGACCCGUGUGGGAGAGAUCCAGUCAUAUCCUGAUCAUCCAGAGAGAUUUGAGUGCCGGGCCCAAGUGCUGUGCAGAGAGGGUCUGUCUGGACGCUGUUACUGGGAGGCUGAGUGGAGUGGGGAUGGGGUUUCUAUAGCAGUGUUAUAUAAAGAGAUCAGCAGGAAAGGGCGGGGUCAUGACUGUCGUCUGGGAUUUAAUAACAAGUCCUGGAGUCUGCGCGGCUCUUCCGGCGGUUACACUUUCUGGCACAAUGCUGAGCGCACUGAAAUCCCUGUUCCCCCCUCCUCCAGAAUAGGAGUGUACCUGGAUCACAGGGCAGGAACUCUGUCCUUCUACAGCGUCUCUGACACAAUGACCCUCCUGCACAGAGUCCAGACCACAUUCACUCAGCCCCUCUAUCCUGCGUUUGGGGUAGAUGUUGGAUCUCCUGUAAAUCUGUGUGAUCUGGGAUGAGGGAGAUCAGCUGUAAUCAGAGUGAGAGAAAAAACACUGCAGUGAGGAAGAAAUACGUAAAUAAAAUGACGAAUACAUAAAUGAAAUAUAAAUGUUUGUGUAUUUUUAAAACUUUUGUGUAUUUUGGGAAGAAGGAUAGAGUUAUCAUGAGAAGAAAAAUCUGAUGAGAUUUAAAAGAAAAUAUUUGAAGUAUAAAAAUACAAGUGACCGGAGGGGUCAUCCCCAGCAUGUAUAUACACUACAUGGACGAAAGUAUGUAGACACCCAAACAUCUCAUUCAUAUGUGAUUUCUGAACAAACCAUGGACAUUAAUUAUGGAGUUGGACCCCCCCCUUCGCUGCUGUAACCGCCUACACUCUUCUGGGACGGGGACGGCUGUGUAGAGAGAGUCUCUCUGGACGCUGUUACUGGGUGUCAUGGUUCUGUUUUACUGUUUCUGUUUUUUCCUUGUUGGGCCGCCAGAUGGCGGAACUUCUGUUUUGUGUCCUGCUCAUUCCCCGGUUAAUUGUAUUA